AUGGAUAAAUUGAAAGCUCCGGAAACGCUGAAUUUCGAUGCUACAGAUUUAGCACACACGUGGAAAAAAUGGAAAGAAGAAUUCUCGCUCUAUGUUGACCUAGCUAUGGCAGAAUCAGAGGAGAAACAGAAGGUAAAAAUGCUUAAAUACCUUAUCGGAACACAUGGAAGAGAAGUGUAUGACACACUAAUAUUCACAGAUACUGAAGAUAACAGAACUUUGAAGGUAAUUUUAGAGAAGUUCGAUGCCUAUUGUAACCCUAUGAAAAACGAAAGUGUGGAACGAUACAAGUUUAAUUCUAGGAAUCAACAAAGUGGGGAAACAAUCUACAGUUAUGUGACUGAACUUAAGCUUUUAGCAGCACAUUGUGGCUUUGGCGAUUUAGAGGAAUCUUUAGUCCGUGACCGCAUUGUUUGUGGAAUUAGAGACUUGCACCUACGGGAAAGACUUUUACGUGAAUCGAACCUAACACUGAAAAGCUGUCUUGAUAUAUGCAGAGCAUCAGAAUUGUCAAAGGAGAGAAUGAAGGAGAUUGAGACUCCAACAGCAGCAGAAGUACACGCUCUGAGAGGAAACGGCUACAAACCAAAGACUAAUCUGCGCAGUGCUCAAGCGACACCAAAAUUGUUAGCUAAAAACUGUAUGUAUUGCGGACGUAAACAUGAAGCUAGCAAACUCAAGUGCCCAGCCUAUGGAGAAACAUGCCACAAAUGUAAAAAGAAGGACCACUUUAAGGCGAUGUGUGGACAACAUUCAAAGUCAACACAGAAGUCUGGACAGAAACCAGGUAAAUACAACAGAAAAUUGCAUCAAGUUACUGAUAACGACUCAGACUCUGACUCUAAUGAAAACUACUAUGACACAAUCCGAAGUGUCACGUCUGAACCAAAGAAACAUGUUUAUGCAACUAUGAAUAUCGGCAAAACACCCAUAAAGUUCCAAGUCGACAGCGGCGCAAGUUGUAAUGUUAUUCCGAUAAGCAAGCUAGAUGAGAGCGGAUCCUACUACAAGCUCACCAAGUCAACAACUGUACUAACUACAUACGACAAGUCUCGGAUCCAGCCCCUAGGAAAAACAAGUCUGAAACUUGUAAAUCCCAAAACCAAAGAACUCUAUGACACCGAAUUCGUUGUAGUGAAGCAGGACACAACACCAAUACUGGGCAGUCAGACCAUUCAAAGGAUGAAACUAGUAACUAUUCAUUAUGACAACAUUCUAACUGUUACUGAGGAAACAUUAACAGAAGAGUAUGUUUUCAGCGAAUACAAAGAUGUGUUCGAUGGUACAGGACGCCUAGCAGGGACAUAUUCACUCCAAACUGACCCAUCGAUAAAACCUGUAGUCCAUCCGCCUAGGAAAAUUCCAGUAGCUCUGAGGGACAAGCUCAAGACAGAGCUGGAACGGCUUACAGAGAAAGAAAUAAUUACCCCUGUUACCGAACCAACACCGUGGGUAAACAAUCUCGUCAUUGUGGAGAAGCCUAACAAAUUAAGGAUUUGUCUCGACCCUCGUGAUCUGAAUGGGGCCAUUCAGCGCAGCCAUUACCCAAUGCCCACAGUCGAAGAACUCUUACCAGACUUGAACAAAGCGAAGGUAUUUUCUGUUGCCGAUGCCAAAAAUGGAUUCUGGCAUGUUCAACUUGACAAGGCCAGUUCAAUGCUAACAACCUUCAACACACCGCAUGGUCGCUAUCGAUGGCUUCGAAUGCCAUUUGGACUAAACUCAGCGCCAGAGGAAUUUCAGCGGCGACAAAAUCAGACUGUAGAAGGAUUGCAUGGAGUACGUUGUGUACAUGAUGAUAUUCUGAUCUUCGGAGAAGGCGCGACUGACGAGGAAGCUUAUCGAGAUCAUGACCGCAAUUUCCGAGCACUUAUGGAACGCUGUAGGGAAAAGAAUCUGAAGCUAAACAAGGAGAAACUGAAGUUUAGACUCAAAGAAGUUCGGUUUGUGGGACAUCUACUGACCAGCAGUGGAGUUCGUGCUGACCCAGACAAGGUCAAGGCAGUGAAAAAUAUGCCCACACCCACUGAUGUGUCAGCUGUUCGACGAUUUGUAGGUUUCGUAACCUAUCUGAGCAAGUUUCUUCCCAGGCUUAGCGAUCUUUGUGAACCUCUUAGAAAACUGACUGUUCAAGAUGCAGAAUGGAGCUGGCUUGAAGCCCAUGAUAAAGCCAUACAAGAGAUCAAGACACUAGUUUGUAAAAGUCCUGUCUUGAAAUAUUAUGAUCCUAAAGAGGAAUUGACACUCCAAUGUGAUGCUUCGCUAACAGGAUUAGGAGCGAGUCUAUUGCAAAAUGGACAACCAAUAGCCUUCGCAAGCAGAGCUCUCACGGAUGCAGAGACCCGUUACGCUCAAAUCGAGAAGGAAAUGCUAGCAAUUGUAUUUGGCUUAGAACGUUUUCACCAGUACACCUAUGGACGCUCAGUACAUGUGGAAAGUGAUCAUAAGCCUCUAGAAUCUAUCGUGAAGAAAUCGCUAUUAGCAGCACCCAGACGUCUUCAACGAAUGCUGCUCCGGUUACAGCAGUAUGAGUACACAAUUUCUUAUAAACCAGGAAAGACUAUGUAUCUUGCAGAUACAUUAAGCCGAGCUUACCUUAAUGAAACAGGGACAACGAGCUUCGAAAGGGACUUGGAAAUUGUAAACAUGGUGCAGUACUUACCCAUGACUGAUGUUAGACUUUCCGAGAUUCGCAAGCACAGCUAUCAGGACGAGUCAUUACAAGUUCUCAUGGAUGUCAUACUUCAUGGUUGGCCUCAGAAGCGAGAAGAAGUCCCUCACCUUGCAAGACCAUACUUCGACUUUAGAGAUGAGCUGAGUGUUCAGGAUGGAAUUCUAUUUAGGGGUGAGCGUGCAAUAAUCCCUAAAGCAAUCCGUUUGGAUAUGAUGCAGCGAAUACAUUCCUCGCACUUGGGAAUUGGAGGAUGUCUUCGCCGAGCAAAGGAGUAUGUUUUCUGGCCUGGAAUGCACUCUGAAAUUUCUCAGUACAUACAAAGUUGUGAAACUUGCCAGAUGUUUGAAACCAAACAACAAAAGGAAACCCUGAUACCUCAUGAUGUUCCAGACAGACCUUGGAUGAAGGUUGGAACUGAUCUGUGCUCAUUUGCUGGAAAUGACUAUUUAGUGACUGUUGACUAUUUUUCAAAUUUUUGGGAAAUAGAUUUCUUGGAGAACACAAAACCUACAACAGUGAUCAGGAAAUUGAGGAAUCAUUUUGCUCGCUAUGGAAUCCCAGACAUUGUCUUUUCAGACAAUGGCCCUCAUUUCAGCUGCAAGGAAUUUGCUACAUUCGCAUUGGAAUACGAAUUCCAACACAUCACGUCAUCACCAAACUAUCCGCAAAGUAACGGGAAGGUGGAACAGGCUGUGAAAUCUGCAAAGCGUAUAAUGAAACGAGCUCGCAACUCUCAACAGGAUGUCUACCUCAGCAUUCUUGACUUCCGAAACACACCAACAGAGGGAAUGCAGAGUAGUCCUGCACAGAGAUUAAUGUGCCGUCGAACAAAGUCGCGACUACCAACAACCCCAGCUCUUCUUGAACCAAAAAUCCCAAUGUCUGCACAUGCGGAAAUCAAGCACAACAAGCAUCAACAAUGCAAGUACUUCAAUAGAAACGCAAAGGACCUACCUGAUUUAGAACAUGGACAGCGUGUCUGGAUAACACCAAAACGAAAUGAUCCAACCAAAUCGUGGACAAAAGGGACUAUUGCUAGCAAAGUGAACAUUCGGUCUUACGAAGUAAACACAGACGAAGGACAGUCGCUUCGCAGAAACAGGAAAGAUAUCCGUAUCCACAGAGGUAAAAACGAACAACCACGACAACCUGUAGACCUUGAUAUACCCGAUUCGAAACUAGAUGCAGACAACCCAAACACUGACAAAUCCGACCAGUCGAAGGAGUCCGUUCAAGCACGCGAACCAAUAGUGUCCAAUGAAACAAGUGAUCAUCCACAAAUUCAUAUUCCACAACACACCAGAUCAGGAAGGGUUGUGAGAUUACCAUUGAAAUACAGUGACUUUGUAUCAACUUGA